AUGAUUGCGUUUCUGAUCGACUGUUUGGUCGACAACAUUACCUGUCUUGGUUUGAUCACGAUUUUCACGGUCUUAGUCUACUAUCAUUCGACUUCGACGUUCGGUAAAUGGCGCAAAUUGAACAUUCCGUUCGUACCACCAGUGCCACUGUUUGGCAACGCUUUCGGGAUGAUGAUGAGACUCGAACUUCCGAUAGACAUGUCCGAGAGGAUGUACUACAGGUUUUCGGACGUCAAGCUGUUUGGUUUCUACAUGAUGAGAGAACCAAUACUGUUUGUCCGCGACCCGGAGCUCAUUCACACGAUACUGGUCAAGGACUUCUCGUACUUCACCGACCACGGUCUGGACUUGGACCCGUCCAUGUCCGUGCUGGGCAACAGUCUGUUUUUCUCCAAAGGCCAGAAAUGGAGGACAAUGCGCCAAAAACUGACCCCGGGCUUCACGUCGGGAAAGCUGAAGGACACUUACUGCCAAAUCAACGAGUGCAGUGACGAGAUGGUGUCCGGCAUCGUUGAGACGCUCGGUAAGACCGACCGAAUCGACGUGAAAACUGCGACCACAGGUUUUUCCACCGACGUGAUUGGCACGUGCGCGUUUGGCCUGAAGCUGGAUGCGAUCAAGAACGACGAUUCAGACUUCCGCCGGUAUAUCAGGAGAAUGUUCCAAGUCACCACGAAGCAGUUGAUCGUCCAGGUGCUGAUGAUGUUUUGCCCCCGGGUGAUCAAGUUGUUGAAAAUACAAAUGCUUCCGGUGGAGGCUACCGAUUUUUUCUAUAAGCUGUUCAGGGACGUCUUUGAGUACCGCGAAGAGCACAACGUGGUCCGUAACGAUUUGACGCAGACCCUUAUGCAGGCCCGUAAAGAAUUGGUGUUGAAAGAGAACUCGACCGGCGAAGAUAAAUUCACUGACACUGAUAUCAUCGGAAACGCGAUACUCAUGUUCGCCGCUGGAUCAGAAACUGUGUCGUCUAUGCUUUCUUUUUGCCUGUACGAAUUAGCAUUUAACAAAGAAAUCCAAGACAAAUUACGAGCGGAGAUAUGUGCGAUGAAUGCAAAACACGACGGACAGUUAAACAACGAUUACUUGAUGGACCUCCAUUACACUACCAUGGUUUUGGAAGAGACUGGUCGAAAGUACACCAUUGCUUUUAGCUUAAUGAGAGAGACGACAAAAACUUACACCCUACCCGACAAAUCACUUGUUAUUGAAAAAGGACAAAAAAUCUUUAUACCCAUGUUCAGCAUUCAUCGUGAUCCAAAAUAUUAUCCCGAUCCGUUGAAAUUUGAUCCGGAAAGGUUUUCUGUGGAACAAAAAUCUCAACGACCUAAUGGCACUUACAUGCCGUUUGGCGACGGACCUCGACUGUGCAUAGGCAAACGAUUUGCUGAAUCAGAAAUGAAAUUGGCCCUGUCAAAUAUAUUGUCAAAAUUCGAAGUCUCGCCGUGUGAACAAACCGAAAUUCCUCUUGAACUUUUAGUCGCAUCAUCCAGUUUAAUAUCACCGAAAAAUGGUGUUGUGCUAAAAUUUAGACCAAUCGAUGAGCAAUAA